CGACCCACAGAAUUUUCUGUCGUUAGCAGAAAACGGUUAAUUUCCACGCAUUUCUUGUAUAUCUAUCGUCAAAAACAUUUGAAAACACGUGUUAAGCCUUUGGCUAAAGUGAAUCUUAACUAAAAACUUGUAAUUAUGGCAAAGGUGCACAUAACCAAUGUUGUUGUACUCGACAAUCCUAGUCCGUUCUUAAACCCUUUCCAAUUCGAACUUACAUUUGAAUGCAUCGAAGAACUCAAAGAAGACUUAGAAUGGAAGAUGAUAUACGUUGGAUCGGCGGAAACCGAGGAGCACGACCAGGUCUUAGACACAAUAUACGUUGGCCCAAUACCUGAAGGCAGGCACAUGUUUGUUUUCCAAGCUCCACCGCCUGACGUGACACGAAUACCUGAAAACGACGCUCUAGGCGUUACAGUAGUGCUCUUAACGUGUUCAUACAGAGGUCAAGAAUUCGUCAGAGUGGGAUAUUUCAUAAACAACGAAUACUCUGAAUCGGAACCUGAACUACGCGAAAAUCCGCCACCAAAGCCCCGUUUUGAUAAAGUAGUAAGAAAUAUUCUCGCUUCAGAGCCCCGUGUGACUAGAUUUAAGAUUAAUUGGGCGGAACCUGACGCGGCGGUGGCAACAGACUCUGGAGACGGAAAUCUUGAGACAUCGCACGCUCCUAGCAAUGAUUCUUAUGGUGCAUCGUUUAAUGCUGAUAGUCAGAUCAGUGGGAUUGAGUUCCAAGGCAGUUUGAGUGGAUAUGGAGACAAUUCCAACUCUAUAGCGCCUAUGGAAUGCUGAGAUGACCAAAUAUUAGUCGCUACUGUAAAUGUCAAAGGAGAAAAAGAUGGACUUGAAAUUCUUAUAUAGUGCAAAUUUGUUAAGCAUCACUAUAUUAUGAUGCUGGAGUUUAUCACAGUCAAGAAAGUUGUACAAGUAACUAUUUUAUAAUUUUUUUUUUUG